GAAAGGAACCCAAGAGCCAUACGGAGCAUCGAAUACGAAUGGAUAGUUAUACCCCGCUUUUCAACCAAAGCUCCCAAAGCGGUUUGCAUACAGAAAUAAAAAAAUUAAAUCAAAUGGCUCCCUGUCCCCAAAGGGCUCACAUUCUAAAAACAACAACAACAAAACAUAAGAAAGGCACCAGCAACAGCCACUGGAGGAAUACCAUGGAUGGCCAGAAAAACAAACAAAUGGAUCAUAGAACAAAUCAGCCCAGAAUUUUCACUCGAGGCACAAAUGGCCAGGCUCAAUCUGUCAUACUUGGACACAUUAUGCGGAGACCCAACUCCCUUGAGAAAUCCGUAAUGCUGGGGAAAGUUGAAGGAAAACGAAGAGGAUGACCAGCAGCAAGGCAAGACUUCAUGUGAGUUCUCAGCGGAGUCUUCAGUAUGGCUGGCUGGCAUAUAUCUUGGGAGAACGAACUACCCAGAGGUUCAAUGAAUACAGCAAAGUCUUUACGGUGGAUGGCAACUUGCGUUCUGGCAAGGGCAAACUUGCACAGCAAAUAGCAGAAAAGCUAGGGAUGCGAUACUUUCCAGAACCAGGUGUUCAUUAUUUGGACAGUGUGACAGGAGAUGGAACGAUCCUGGAUGCCAAAUUCAAUGGCUUUUGUAGCCUGGAGAAAUUUUACAAUAAUCCUAAAAAUCCAGAUGGAAACUCAUUCCGUCUUCAGUUCUGGCUGUACAGUAAUCGCUUCUUGCAAUAUGGUUUUGCUCUGGAACAUCUCCUGACUACAGGGCAAGGUGUUGUACUGGAACGCUCCCCCUACAGUGACUUUGUGUUCUUGGAUGCGAUGUAUAAGCAAGGCUACAUUCACAAAAGGUGUGUGGAUCACUACAAGAAGAUCAAGGACCUCAGCCUUGAUGAAAUCUUGCCUCCUCACCUGGCCAUUUAUAUUGAUGUACCUGUCUCGGAAGUAGUGAAAAGGAUUGAAGAGAGUGGGGAGCCAUAUGAAAGAAAGGUGUCCUCUGCUUACCUUCAGAGCAUCGAAGAUAGCUACAAGAAAUCUUUCCUGCCACAAAUCAGUGAGACCUCUGAGGUUUUGCAGUAUACGGCCAGUGAGGCUGAAGAAGUGGAAAAAGUCAUUGAGGAUAUCGAGUACUUGAAGUUCGACAAGGGGCCUUGGCCGGAGCAGGAUGAUGUGACUUUCCAUCACUUGAGGAUCCGUGUAGAGGACAAGGCGAAUCUGAUGAUGCCUACGACUCUGCCUUUCGACUACAUCCCUGAGAUCACGCUUGGAGGCCUGGAGCUUGACAAAAUAUACCACCAGUACAAGGCGCUUCCUGGGCGCAAAUAUGAGCCUGGCUAUAAUGCCGACGUUGGAGACAAAUGGAUCUGGCUGAAAUGAGGAGAGCUAAGCUGACCGUGGGACUGGGGUGCGGGUGAUGAAGCAGCUCCUGUUGACCCCCAGCGCUUGAAGCUCAAGAAGCGAACUCUGCACGCUUUGAGAUGGCAGUGGGAGAAUCCCCUUGCAGAGGAGGGGAAGCAUGCCCAGCUUUGUCCAAGGGGACUCUGAAUCGAACUCCAGAGAAGUGAUGAGCACUGCAGGCAGGCAGGGCCUGGCGAUCAAGACGAGCUCUCAUCAUCCCAAGGCUCACCGGAGCGUGGCCGGACUGGGGUGGAAUAAAAGCCUUGGCCCGUG